AUGGCACUCUAUGAGCUUUCAAACUGUGUUCACACUUUGUUUCCGUUGUUGUUGUUACUAGCCUUCACUGCCAGUGCUGUCCUUCAUGGCCGUCCAUCAUUGUCAUCGUUCAAGCUGGAGAAAUUCUUGUGGGCACUGAGCAGCGAAGGGAUCAAUGAACUCAAAUGCAAGGUUGCAAACGCAAGUCUCUCUGUCAAGUGGCCCAUCAAAACUCUUCCGAAGUGGCUUAGAGAACUAUACGAAUCAUUGCAGACAGCUGGCAAGAAGGCUGCUCUCCCGCUUCUGAAAUGGGACAGAGGAUUGUGCAAGCCACUGUGCAAACCACUGCGCGUGAGUGGCAAUGCUGCGAACAACAAGAGACAAAAGAGAGACCCUGCUGCUGACCUCAUCUGUCCCAUCACAAGAGAGCUUCCAUGGGUGCCUGUGGUUGCUCAAGACGGUAGAACCUACGAAAAAGAGGCCAUUGAGACCUACUUCCAGACACAGCAAGAAAAAAAACUACCAAUCAAGUCACCUGUGACCAAUGAACCCAUUGGUGCAAAACUCCUGCCUGCCCCGCAAAUCAAGAGUCUGAUUGAGACAUUGAUUGAGAAUGAAGCCUUUUUGAGUGAUGUGGCGGAAGCUUGGAACAAGAAAGUCCAGGAAACAAAGGUCAAGGAAGAAUUGCUCCAAAAAGCCAAUGACGGUGAUUGUGAGGCCAUGCAAGCAGUGGCAAGCAACUACAGAAGUGGAAGCGACAGCUUUGAAAAAGACGAUAGCUUGGCCUACCAAUGGUACAAGAAGUCACAUGAAGCUGGCAAUGUGAGAGGAACAGCUGGUCUUGGGUUAGCACUUGUACAAGGCAAGGGCGUGCAACAUUGUUGCUCAAUGGGCAUGGUCUACUUGACACUUGCUGCAACUGCAGGAUCUGAGUCUGCUGCUCAUUGCAUGGGAACCAUAUUUGCCAGAGGAUAUUAUGGUAUGCCGGUGAAUGAAAAAGAAGCAAUUGUUUGGCUCCGCAAGAGCUUGGGAGAUUGUGCUUACCCCAACAUGGAUAAUAGUGUGAAGGGGGAAACACAGAGACUAUUGGAUGAGCUCUUGGCGAGUGAAUCCAACUGA